AUGUAUGCAGUUGCCACGGCUCUUCAGCGUCCGCACAUAGACUGGCGCCUAAAGGUCCAUCCCGUUGACACCCUCGACCUGUUGUCGGAGAGGGACAUGAGCCGAUACCGACUUCAAAGACGCCUGAUUGGACCUGUGUAUCGGGCUGAAAAUGUCGCCCGGUACCGCAAGGCAAUCGACAAAGUCUUGGACUCGGCCGUCACUAAAAUCCACUCUCUCCAAGGCGCCAAGGUUGACCUAAAGGAGUGGAUGCACAUCAUUUCCGUCGAGUGCCUCGGGGCCGUCGUCCUCUCGUGGUCACCAGGGCUUUUGAAGCAAGGCACAGAUUGGGGCACCAGCACACACAGCUACCGUGCAUGGAGGCGCAAGAGUGUCAUGGGCCUAUUUCCAACUGUCGCCAAGUUGGAAAUGUGCUACAAAAUCAUUGGUCGCGUAUUCAGUCACGUAUGGGAUCUGACCUUUAUACCUCCGCCCAAUUUCCGCCCCUUUUUCCCGCCUAUCGGCAGGCGUAUCUCUAAACGAAUCAAGGCCAUGAACAGAGGCAGCAAGCAGGAUCAUGACGAUCUUGCUGCUGACCUCAUGCGCAUACAUCAAGAGAAACCGGCCUUUAGUGAGCCCUAUCUUCGAAAGAUGAUCAUGACAAAUUUUGGUGCAGGUCAUGAAACAUUGGCCUCUACUCUGACCUCCGUCAUGGCCAUGAUUGGAACCCACGAUGAGGUUCCCCGUAAGCUGUCUGAGGAGCUCCGCAGUUCUGACUCUAUCACGAUGCAUUACCUGGAGGCUGUCAUCAAAGAGACAAAGCGUCUUCAUCCUGUCAUUGCCACGGCCUUACCACGUAGGGUACCCCGUGAAGGGCUCCAUAUCGAUGGUGUCUUCGUGCCUGCGGGGACCACCGUCGGAUGCAACCCAAUUGCCCUACAUAGAAACGAGGAUAUCUGUGGGCCAGAUCCCGACGUCUUUUCCCCCGAACGAUGGUUAGACAGCCUGGACUGCGCAAGGGAUAUGGAGCAGUUCAGUCUAAGCUGGGGUGGCGGGGCGAGAACAUGCCCGGGGAGACAAUUGGCCGAGAUGAUUGUCCAGAAGGUCAUAUCCAGAAUGACCGAGGAGUUUGAGUUGGAGGUCCACAUGCCUGAUUUCCAGGAGAUGCCAUCUUACUUCCUGUCCAUCAUGACGGGCGUCAGUGUUCGCUUUCUUCCCAAGAGGAAAGACCAGGGAUGA